UUUUCUUAUUGGUUGAUGCAUUUUAACCAUGCCAAUGCAUUAGCAUUUUACAAAUAAAAACAUUAUUGUAAAUCAUGAGAGUAGAGGUAGAAAAAAGAUUCACCUCUCAACCCUGACUAUAAUUAUCCACUUUCAGUUCUUUUCUUUUGUUGUUGUAUGAGCACUCUUAGCACCGACGACUCCAAGAAGACAAAACAAUAAUUAAAAACAUGAGUGACCGGAGCGGCCAAUCUUCAUCAACAACAGCUGGAGCUGGAGACAAGAGCGGCGGCGGUAAUGGCGGUGGAGGUGGUGGAAGUGGUGGCUCGUUUGCUAGUCAGCCGCAGAGAGCAAAGGUGAGGAAGCAAGUGUGGGCCGGAGUUCUCAGCAUCUCUUCCGCCUCCACUAACAAAUAAUAUUAUAUUUUUCUUUUUAACCUUUGACAAAAAUGUGCAAGUGAAAUGGUGGUGAUGACUAUGCUUUUGAUCAUUGUUCUUGUCAAGUUAACGGUCUCUAAAUAAGCUAGCGAGAUCAUGAACAUCAUCGUCAUUGUAAUGAGAUUCUGUAUAUAUUGUUUCAACUUCUGCAAUGAAUAGUCUUUUAU